CGCUUGCAGCCUCUGCAGUGGGUGUGAGAAGCACAGGCAGCCCUGGCAGUCAUGCAGGUCGCAGCGGCAACCCAGCAAGUAGCCUCGCUCCGGCGGCUACAGACGUUCGGCCGCACCACCAGGCGGCGCCAGCCAUGCGGGGUCCAGUGUGCGGCUAGCACGGCGGCAGAGGCCACCGUGAGCGUGAAGUUGCCGGCCACCCACAUCGCCUCCAGCCAGGCUGCGCUGCAGCAGCUGCAGAGCACCAAGGCCGUCAACCGGUACGCCAUGGAGAAGAAGAGCAGCAUCAUCGCCAUCGGGCUGACCAUCCACAACGCGCCCGUCGAGCUGCGGGAGAAGCUGGCGGUGCCAGAGGCGGAGUGGCCGCGGGCGAUUGAAGAGCUGUGCAGCUACCCGCACAUCGAGGAGGCGGCCGUGCUUUCCACCUGCAACCGCAUGGAGAUCUACGUCGUCGGCCUCAGCUUCCACAGGGGCGUGCGCGAGGUGGAGGAGUGGAUGAGCCGCGCCUCAGGCGUGCCGCUCGACCAGUUGCGCCCGCACCUCUUCCUGCUGCGCGACCGCGACGCCACCGGCCACCUGCUGCGCGUGUCGGGCGGCCUCGACUCGCUGGUCAUGGGAGAGGGCCAGAUCCUGGCGCAGGUCAAGCAGGUGCACAAGGUGGGCCAGAACUGCCCCGGUUUUGGCCGCCACCUCAACGGCCUGUUCAAGCAGGCGGUGACGGCGGGCAAGCGGGUGCGGGCCGAGACCUCUAUCUCAUCGGGCGCCGUCUCCGUCUCCUCGGCCGCCGCCGAGCUGGCGCAGCUCAAGCUGCCCAGCCACGAUUUCAACGAUGCCAAGGUGUGCAUCAUCGGCGCGGGCAAGAUGAGCCGCCUGCUGGUCAAGCACAUGCACUCCAAGGGCUGCACCCGCAUGACGGUGCUCAACCGCAGCCUGCCGCGUGCCGAGGCGCUGGCCGAGGAGUUCCCCGAGGUCCAGUUUGACAUCCACCUCAUGCACGACCUCAUGAAGUGUGUGGAGGAGCACGACCUCAUCUUUGCCGCCUCUGGCAGCGAGGAGCUGCUGGUGCGGCGGGAGGAUGUGGCGGGCAUGGCGCCCGCCUCCGACAAGGUGCGCUGUCCACCUCCGCCGCGCUUUCCUCCGGCUGUCCCCCCUCCCUGCCAUGCCCCCCUGCCUGGGCCCGCCACACAGCCGGCGUCUGCCCCCGCUGCUGGAGGGGUUUCGUGCGCCUGCAUGCCUGUGUGUGUGUGUGUGUGUUUGCGGCCACGGUGCGUGGGCUGCAGCAAUAGGUGUCUGGAGGGGUGUGGGGGUGCGUGCGGCCUGUUUCGGUCGGCUGGCUGGCAGCAGUGUCAUCAGCGGUACCCUCCGCGGUACGGGGAGGCAGCGCUCGCAGCCCAGGUGAUUGAGGAGCUGUCCAAGGGGAUUGUGAACAAGCUGCUGCACGGCCCCAUGACCGCGCUGCGCUGCGAUGGAGCAGACCCGAUGGCAGUCGCGGAGACGCUGGCCACCAUGGAGGCCCUGGAGCGCAUGUUUGGGCUGACGGGCGAGGACGACCUCAGCCCCGCCCAGGCGCAGAAGGUGGCUGCCAAGGCGGGACAGCGGUGACCCCGCCGCCCGCGGUCCGGCUUGUCCUGAUGUCCUGAUGUCCUGCCCCGCAUGUGCCCGUUUGUCCGGCGGCGCGCCGGGGGCCCUUCGCGAAGAAAGGAGGGCCGGCGAGCGCGCCCUGACGGCAUGCGCCGGCGCACGACGGCCCUGGUCAGACCCCCGGGCGGCUGCCCUGCGGCACAGCCAGCGCCUGCCCCCGCCUGAAAUGCAACCCCCCAUUGAGAAGAACCGCCGAUGUGUGAGCGCCCAGCCUCCGCACCCCCACCUCUCUCUCCCCUGUCCUCGUGUCCCGCCUCAUCCCCUUGCCGCCCGCGCCCGCCCGCGUGCUUGCUGUGUCCUCCCUCUUCUCCCGCUCUCAACCUAUUCCCUUUUGUUGCCUGCCAGCCCCCCCUUUCGUUUUUCCUACCCUUGCCGGCCGCUGCCGCGCCCCACCGCACUGAAUGCACGAGCUUGCCCCGUUCCCUUCCGCCCCGCCUCGCUACUGCGGCGGGCGGCGUGCGCGCCCGCCACAGCAGCCCUCCCUAUUGGCGGCGCCACUAGCCCCGCCAAGCCCCAGCGCUUAUUUUGCGCAACCCCCACCUCAAAUUUUGGUCGUGCCAUGCAUGCCAGUGUACCCGCCUCGUCCCAAACUGUGCCCCAGACUGUGCGCAACCAACUGUAUACACAUUGCCACACUCGC